ACUCGAAUUAUCAUAAUGAAACAAAUCGUUACACUUAUGGAGUAAUCAAUCAUAUGAAGUUUUCUCCUACUUCGCUAGCUCCACAUUUGACAUUUGUCAUGUAAAGAAGAUUUCUUAAUGCCGAUUAGAGUUAGAAAAUGUCAGUAGUCCAAUCCCACAAUUGCCGACACUAUCGGUUAAUUUUAUUAACUAAUCAACAACUAUUUUCAGCCUUUUCAGGUCAACUUACGAUGAAUAGGACUUCAAUAACUACUCUCUCUUUGGACAUUGAAAUCUUGAACUUUCGACGAGAGAGUCUUUUUUGUCACGGUAUAAGUAAAUUUAUGAUACCUUUUCAGCAAGGGUAAAAUUCAUGAAUGAUAUUUUUAACCCUUUGGAGCGUGAAAGUCAUAGGCUAAAUUCCAACCGUAAGAUUAAGCAGUGUAGUGAACUCCUCAUGUUCGGCAUGGAAGAAAUCUCGGUCGUAUCUUCUACCCAUCAGUUACAUUAGAUAGCAACAACUUCACCUGCAAAAUAAACAAAUAUAUUAAGCCCAUGUUAGGCUUGUCCAAGUAGUUAGAAAAAAAGGUCAAGCAAGCUAAUAAAACCCACAUAAAAUAUCAAACACAACAGUAAGAAGUUGGCAUGCAAAUUUUUAAGAGUAAUAGAUUAGCAGAAAGCGAAGCCAAUUAUAUCAAUUAUACUUAAACUAUAAUUAUACAAGGAUGAUUUUAUUCAAGUUUUUUGUAUUAGAGAGAGGAUAAUUAAGAGAUAGAAUAAGUGGUUUUGAGACCCUUGCACAGACUAAAAAAAAAGUUCCUCUCAAUGUCUUAUUGGGUUAAGCGAUCAAAUCCAAUUAAUUUGGAUGAUACUACGAAGAAGAGAAGCUAAACCUUUCAUCAGCCCGUGAUAAUACCGUGACAUUGAACCAAAAAAGCAGCAAACACUUGCGUUUUUUGAUGAGAUCACGGUCGGGCUGCCAAUGUCACCCCCGUGACAUCUGACUAUGAGAUUGAACCUCGGGCUAUAUAAAAAGACAGCAGCAGGGAGAAAGAAAGGGGAGCAGCGGGGAGAAAGAAAGGGGAGUGGGUUUUGAAAAACAUGGUUCUCUCUCUAGGGUUUCGACCCAAAACACCAAAGAGGAGUUCUAGAGGGAUCUUGGAGGUUAAUUGGAGGCUUGGGUUGAUCUUGAAGUCUAGACUUCAAGCCUAGAAGAUGUAGAAGAUGAAGAUCUUGAGCAAUUUUGUAAUCUCUCUCCUCUUCUCUAUAAACUAAACCUCUUUCUCAUAGGUUGAUAAACCCUAGGUCUAGAUUUUGGUUUGAAGUCGAUGAAUGUGACAUAUUCUAUGUUUGAUUGAUGAAUUUAUCUAUUUGAUGGACAUUUUUCAUGGAUUGCAUGAUUUUUUAUUCCACUUCAUGUCAAUUGAGCUUUUGACCUAGGAGGGAAAUAAUCCUCUUAGAGCCCAUUAUUGGUGUCUUCUGGUCACUCCUAUCAUAUAUCAUCAGGGUAAUCCCCGAGGGAGCUGAUUCAUUAGACAUUCUAACGAUAUAUGAAUCCCUAGGUUGAAUGGAACACCUUCCCACCAUCACUUUGCCGUUUCGGGUCAAUCCCGAGUGAGUCGAUCUCAUAACGGUAGGGUAGUGAGUCGAUCGAGCUAGGAUAGUACUCAACAUCAAUCCAAAUGAUAGAACUAGGGGGAUUCAAGCUAAGAGAGCUCCACCACUUGUAAUUAGCUAGGGUAGUGGUCAGGUUAGUGUAGAUAGGUUUGUUUCUUAAUCACUAUUCUAGGUUGGCUAGAACAAAACCUCAAACCGAAGUAAGGUACACCUAGGAGACCCAUGGUUUGAUAUUUUUAUUGCUUGCUUUGUUGCUGACCUUAUGCUACACCCAGUCGUCGGUUGUGCUUGGCCAUCGAUUGGGAUGUGUAGUUAGAGUCGAGCUAGGAAGCAUACUCUAGCAACACCUAAACGUUUCCCUCUGCUUACUCUCAUUCAAAUAAUAACAACAAGAAGAGUGCAACCACAGAUAUGCAAUAAUUCGUCAGUGUCUCUCAUACCCAACCGACUAUCUUUUUAUCCUUACUUCAUGUCCUUUGAUAACGAUGUUUCACUCAUUAAGCAUUGCUUUGAUCUCAUCCAAUUGAAGAUAUAUUGCAUUUAUAUUUACUGAUGUUUGAAUUACAUGUUCACAAUUUACUUUUUCUUUUUGUCGUGAACAUUGCUCUUUUUCUGCUAAGUAUAAAACAGAGCUGGAUAUAUCAUUUCUCUCUUGCGGGUUCACAAUUACACCACCUUAUUUCUUCUACAUUUCUCUAAACUCUAACUACUCUAGAUUUUCUUUAAAUACAUUCUUUAGCUUGAUCAAUAUGAGAUAUUCCAAGUUCUAUUGAAUCAAGUUUCAUUGCAUCACCAACCCCAGCUCUAGCCGAGAGACUAAGUUUUCAAACCUUAUCUAUUAAACUAGAGACUUAUGUACUACUGCCGUAAAUAAAAAAAAAUUAUGCAUGUGACUUAAAUAUAUUGCUAAAUAAUGACUUUUUUAAAAUCAAAUAACAAUUAGUUUGAAAUUAAAGAAAAUAACAUUUUAAAUGCUUGAGCUUAUAGACUCAUAUGACAAAAAGAAAAAGAGCAGAUGAAUCAUAUAGGCUUUAAAAUAUGUGCAAAAUAUUUGGACAUAAAACAAUGCAUAACUUAUUCAUAUACUAAACGAGGAAAUAACAAAGUAUUAAGAAUGUUCAUCAAUGAGUUGAAGAUCACAACAGAGCAAAUCCAAAUGUAUUUUGAUGAAAACUUUUGUUAUAUUUGUGGAUGCUAUAAAUACAUUGAGAACAUUGACACAAACUAAAAUUUGAAAUAGUUUAUCAAACUAUAAACUUAAAAAUAAUAUGAUAUUAGUAAACUCUAUAAGUAUCUCGGCCAUCUAGUUCGGGUUAAGCUUGUUAGUAACAAAAUAAUAGUGCUUAAAAAUGAAAACCUCUAAGAACUAUAUUGUUCCGUGUGUGAGAAAUUGAAUAAAGCUAAACCACAUAGAAAAUAAAGGGCAAAUGAUCACAAAAUCAUACCCAAAACUUACAUUCCUCCAACAAGCAUAAAAUCUUUCAAUUCAAUAAUAAGACUUUACAACUUCUUGAUGUUGUUCAACUAUAGAAGCAUGGAUCGAUUAUGUCCAACAAGUUGAUCGAAGUACUAAACAAAAGAAUAUAUUAUGAACUCUAUCCUUGUGUCGGAAGGGGUUAUCACCUACAUAACUUACAAGAAAGACUAGGACACUAGAGAUGUGAAGAUUUGUCCAACCAUUUAUUCCAGUCUUGUUCAUUUGUGAAUAUUUAUGUUGGUGCUAGAAGACAACAGUCGGACACCCACAAAUAUAGAAACUCUUCAUUGUUCAACCACCUGUUGUGUGGCAAAGACCCGCAGAAUUCCAGGCACCGCCUUUGAGCUAAUCUCAAUGAAUUGUAGCUCAGUUUCAAGUAUCUAAAACGUUUGUCACAAUUACACUGUAUUAUAUCUUUUACAUAUCUCUAAACCCUAGAUACUUUGUAGCUUUUCUUUACAUACAUUUUUCAGUCUAAUCCAUAUGAGGUUAUCUACAUUAUGUUGCAUCAUCAAUCUCCAGUCAAGAGACUCAGUUUUACACAUGCUUAACCCUAUAUACUAACCUAGAGAUUAAUAGGGCUGGAUUUUCAGUUAGUUCGGUUAUAACCGAUAACUGAAAUGUCGGUUACCGGUUAACCGUGGCAUUAGAUGUGAAUACCGUCAACCGCCCGAAGGAAAGCUUCGGUUAGCCGGCAACCGACUGGUCAGUUGCCGGUUAGUUGCUCGGUUACCGACGUAACCACGACAUACAAUGAAAACUGGUUGUAACCGACUAACCAAACCGGUAACCGAACUGGACAGAACUCCUGUGCAGACAAGAUCGAUACAAAUUGCACCGCCAAUCCGCCAUUGUUGGUAGCACCAUGAAGCUUCUGGUGACACUAGUGGUCUCUUCCAAGAUCCGGCCGGGACACGCUCGCCUGACCAUCAACCGGGCAGAUCUUGACAAGCGCGGGAACGUCGGUCUUCACCGUCAUCAUCGUGCUUCCGCCGACGUCAAAAACCCCAAGGAGGAGAAAAAAUAUCCGGAGCCACUAAACAAAGUUGGGAUAGCUUAUAUAACUAUUAUUCGUACGCUUAUCGUACGCUAGAAUGAACCAUAUAUAUAUAUAUAAUAGCAUAAGUUUGCUUAAUACAUAAGGUGGAAUGUGAGAGGGUGCAUUAUAAGGCUAAAACUCAUCUUACAAAUAAUUUCCCACCUUAAUCCACGUUUUCUAGUUAUUGAUUAGCAACCUUCUCGUUUUGCUACGUCUUACCUUAAAGGGUUUUCCCCCCUCAUAUGUGGUUAUUUUUUCAUAACCAACGUUUUUUAGUUGUUGAUUAUGUAAGUUUCUCUUUUUGCUAGUACUUACCUUAAAAUGUUUUUUUUUCUUCUCUCACUAUGAUUUUCCCCCUUAACCUACAUUUUCAUCUGUCGAUUAGACAAGUUUUUCUUUUCACUACGCCUUAUGCUAAAUGAUUUUUCUUCUCCCACGUUUUUUCUGUUGUGGAUUAGACAAGUUUUCCCUUUCUCAAUUCACGAGUGGUUAUAUUAAUGUACCAAAAAACAAAUAGGACUUGCCUUAGAAACAAAUAGUUUCCUUUUAGCCCCGUUUUUCUAGCUAUUGACCAGACAAAUUUAAUCUUUCAGUAUGACUUACAUUAGAUGGUUUUUUUCCUCUCACAUAUGAUCCCCCCCCCCCCCCUCUCCCCCACGCUUUUCUACCUAUCGUUUAGCCAAGUUCCCCAUUUCUCUAGGACUUACAUUAAAAGGUUUUUUUUCUUUCUCUCUCUCUCUCUUUUUCUUUACGCUCUGUUUGGCAACAAGGAGGGUGCAAAUUGCAAGGGGGGUGCAAGUUGAGGGGUAAAUUGCUGGGGGGGUGCAAAAUGCUGGGGUUGUAAGUGGAGGGGUAAAUUGUUGUUUGGAUGAAAAAGUAAGGGGGUGCAAAUAGAGUGAAAAGUAAGUAAUUAUAUUAUUUUAAAAUAGAUUUUAAUAUUUUAAAAUAGAUUUUAAGAUUUUAAAAUAGUAUCAUAAAAUAAUAAAAUAAAUAUUACUAUAUAAUAAUAAAUAUACUUUACUAAAAAUAGUUAUUAUAUAAUAAUGCUCAAAUAAUAAUUAAUUAUAACAAUUGUAAUAAUCAUUGAUCGAGCGAUCUCAAAACUCGAAGCUCAACUCGUAACUGGUCAUCCUAUAUAGGAUUUUCGUGUCUAGUUUAAUCUUAAAUUGUCAAACUUAGUCAAACACGUUAGAAUUUGUAAGUUUUAACUAUUUAGUCAAAUAAACUGAGUUAACCAAACAAUUUCUCUCUAUCUUUUCCACAAACACCUCGUAUCUCUAAUUUUCAAUGCAAAUUCGAUUCAACCAAGAGAUCUAGAUUUGACUUGACGAACAUUGAUAAACUUGUUUCCAGAGUCAAAUGGUCAACCCCGAAUAAUGUUUACAUGAAUGAUAUUUAUAAAAUGAAGAAAUUGAUAAUAUUAAUUAUUAUAUAAUUAUAUAUAACACAAUUAGAAAAAUAAAAUUCCAUAAUUCCCCCUCCCCCUCUCUUCCUUCCUUCCCUUGCACCCCAAUUCGGGGGGUAAGCCGAAACAGUAAAUUUGCACUCCCGUUUUGCACACCCCUACUGUUCCAAAUUAACCAAAUAGGUGCAAAUGUGUUAGAAACUGUGUUUACCCCUCACAUUUGCACCCUCCUCCCAUUUACCCCUCUUCCCAAACAGAGUGUUAAUCCACAUUUUUCAGCUAUCAUAGGUAAGUUUACCCCUUCGCUAGAACUUAUAUUAAUUGUUUUUUGAAUUCUCCCACGUUUUUUCUCUUGUGGAUUAGACAAGUUUACCUUUUCUCAAUUUAAUAGGGGUUAUAUGAAUUGUACAUGUGUUCUAUGGUUGUUCACUGAAUGCUCAAGUUCAAGAUUCAUGACUAAUUAAAUGUAAUUUAAUUGCAACUUUUACAUGUCACUACUCGUUAAUUAGUGUAUGGACUUUGCUAUGACUAGGAGAAAUCGGUUUAUCGGUAUCUCAAAUGCUAAAUAGCAAUCAAAAUCAAUCUCAAUAUGAAAUGUUUAGAUAUAGUAUUAGUAUAUACCAAAUACUAAAUUAAAUAACAUCAU